CGAGAUGGCCGAAUCGCAAGUAGGAAAGUGCUGCGUUUGUGGAAAAAGCAGCCAAAAAUUGGUCCCCAACUUGCUUAAAAUACGUACAAAGUACUCUGGUACUUCGUUGUUCGAGUUGCUGCAGCGGAUCACGGAACAGGAUCUGGUGGAACAGUACCAAAGUUUAACGGAUUCGGCGGCGUGUAAAAGUUGUUUGUUGAAGUUGAACGAUUACGAUGCGACCUACACGAAGGCUUUGAUCAUACAGAAGGAGUUGCUGGAGUUGCUGAGCAAUGGAUCGAUUGGUCUGUCGGUCGACGACGAUGACGAGGACGACGACGGUGGGGACGACGGCGGCGACAACAAUGAGUGUGAUCAGUUGAAUGAAAGCACUGCCGGUGAUGCUGACCUGGAGGAGCCCAACGUUGCAACCGAGGAGGUGGUAUCGUCCAUCCCAGCAACGGAAGCAGUAACGCACGGGAAACCCAUCCCUACGAUAUGCCUGUCGAUAAAAUGUAGAAUCUGCGACGAAUCGUUUGCCAGCUUGGAAGCGUUGAAAGCACACACCCAUCCGACCGUGGUUGAGCUGCACGAAGAGCUUCCCGAGACCGACACGGAUACCAAGCAUCUUGUCAUCGAGCCUGUUCCAUCGAUAUUGGACAAGGUUGCGUCCCCUGCCCUUAGUUAUACCGAGGAAGAGUUUUUAGAAUAUGAUUCGGACAUGGAAAUGCCGGUGAAAGAAGAACAAAAGAGCGACACCGAGCAAAAGGACGACUCGCUGGUUAGUAGCAGCCAGUACGAGUGUUUCUAUUGUGAUGAAACCUUCCCGACAACAGGAGAUAGGAAAUGGCACAUCAAGCAGAAGCACCCGGCAAGCGGGAACCAUCACACGUGUAAGGUUUGCGGUAUAUCGUUAAAAUCUCGCGCAGCCUUAUCGAGCCACCUGCAGAAGCAUCCUCGCGAACAAGCACUAUCCUGUAAGGAGUGCAACAAACAAUUCUCCGCGAUGUCCACUCUGCGGCGACACAUGUCGAUUCAUACACGGGAAACCCCCUACCAGUGUCACUUGUGCGGUAAACGAUACAUUCACUACUCAUCUUUCUACAUGCACCAGCUAGCUCACAAAAACAUUCGGGCAAAAAAGUGUGAAAUUUGUGGCUACAGUCUCCGGUCGGGUUCACAUUUGGCGCGGCACAUGCGAGCUCACUCCGGUGAGAAACCGUACGAGUGCCCCGAUUGUGGGCAACGGUUCUCUCAAAGGUACAACAUGGUUUCGCACGCCAAAACACACCAAGGCAUCAUACGAAAACGCUCUGCCAAAAGAUAUCCGUGCACUCAGUGCGAUGAAACGUUCUUACGCAAAUUACUGCUUACCUCACACUUGCAACAAAUGCACGGCAUAAAGCUAGAAAUUAUUGAUAAGGAAAUAGACUCAAAGCAGGCCAUAUCGGUAGCUGAAUGACCGGCAUGGGCGGACGUGAACUGAAUAACUCUUCUAAGAUUGGAUUGCUAUGCAUUUGCUUGCUAUUACUCGUAAUGUCCUAUGAAGAGGAGGAUAGUUUGAAGAAAACAAUAAUGUAUUAAUAAAUCAAAGUAAAUGACC